AUGCCGUCGACGUCGACGGCGCGGACGGACGGCGACGACGGCGACGAUGGACGCGCGACGCGCGCGCGACCGACGAGGGGGGCGACGGACGACGCGGACGAUUCGCCGGCGCCGCUCGCGUCGUACGUCGCGGGAGACGUCGUGUUCGCGCGAGGCGUCGGCGCGCGAGGACGGGAACCGAUGUGGCCGGGCGUGAUCGUGGACGUGGGGCGAGCGCCGGAGGCGGUGCGGAGGGAUUUCGCGGCGGCGUGCUGCUGCGUGAUGUUUUACGGGCCGAGCGGGACGCGGGGGCGGGAGAGGGAUUAUUGCUGGGCGCCCGCGGAGGGGUUGAUGGCGUGGGCGCGAGGGGUGCGACGAGGGUUGGACGCGCAGCGCGUGGCGAAGCGAAUGCGACCGAGGGCGUUCGAGGAGGCGUGCGAGGAGGCGCGCGAGGCGGCGGCGGCGGACGAGGACGACGUCGGGGCGACGGAGAGCGAAGGGAGAGCCGACGAUCGGGGGGGGGACGGGAAGGGGCUCGACGGCGACGAUGGCUCGCGCGAGGGCGAGCGCGAAGACGAGGUGGGGGUGCUGGGAUUACAGGACUCGUUCGGGUUGCCGUGCAGCGCGCCGGCGGAGCGGCUGGCGACGCGUCGGUGCGCGUCGUGCGGCGUGACGGAUGACGAGUCGUUGCGAUCGAAAAACUCGAAUGGGCUCUGCGCGCUGUGCAGAAAGUUGCACAAAGAGGGUCAGUUCUGUCCGGUGUGCGAUCGAGUGUGGCACUGGAGCGCGGGCGACGCCAUGGUGGGGUGCGAUCGAUGCGAGAUGUGGAUUCAUCGCGAAUGCGACGCCGUGGCGGCGGAGGUGUUGGAUAGAGAACAAAACGGUGAGGAUGAGGAUAUUCCGUACGCGUGUCCGGUGUGUAGAAGUAAAACUCCCGAGCAGAUCGCCGCGGAGGCGAGACUCGCGGAGCAAGCGCGCGUCGAGGCUGAACGCAAGGCGCAGAUUCGAGAGCGCAAGCGCUUGGAAAAACUUCUCAGCAAACCUCGAGUCGGUCGACCUUCAAAGGAGAUGAAAGAGGCUAAAAUGCUGCUGAGGCGCAUGCCAACGCUGGAUAAACUCCUAAAGGGUUCUUCCUCAGCCUCGGUGCGAGCGGGGACGAUGAAAUCGCCGCACGCAGUGUCGAAGAAGCAAAACACCGUGCCCAAACGACCGAAGAGUUCGUGGCAGCUCUUCGCCGCGGAUUUCUUCCAACAGUACAAAGACGAAAACGGCGAAGAUAACAUAGAUUUCGCCGCGGUCUAUCGCGAGCAGGGUGCGGCGUGGCGCGAGAUUGACGCGUCAGAGCGCGAGAGAUACGAGGAGCUCGCCAGAGAUGAGGCGGAGCGAUUUAGAGAGAUGAUCACGGAGAUGUUUGAGAGCGGCGAGCUCGACGACCAGCAGCGAAAGCGUUACGAUAAAAUCUUGAACCCAGACGCGCACGCAGCGAGGGUGAAGACGGAACGAAACCCCGAUGCGAGCAAGGCGUCGCGUCGCUCCAAGGCGGGUGAUAUUUCCAAGCUUCGCGACGGGAACGAGUUGCCAGAGACACUUGCGGUGAUUUGUAACGGCGUGGCCGCAGACUAUUACACGCGCUUGAAUCAAGUGAUGUGUCAAUGCUCGGAUUGCGCAGGAACGAACAAGUACAUGACGCCGACUGAGUUCGAAAAGCACGCUGGCAUGGGGCAAGCGAAAAAGUGGAAGGCGUCUUUGAGAAUGAUUGAGCCGGCAAAGAUGCCCAUAGGACGUUUCUUGGACGGCAAUGAUUUCAACGCUCGUAGGGAUCAACAUACCGAGGACGAUGAAAAUGCUUCGCUGGAUUACGAAAUCGUGCAAGUGAGUUGGAGCGUCGAUCGGUGUGCGGUGUGCGACGAUGAGCGCGACUUCGACUUUGACCAGCUCAUCACGUGCGAGGCGUGCGCGGUGACGGUGCAUCAGUCUUGCUACGGUGUUCCAGACAUACCAGACGACACCGUCGGUUGGCUGUGUCGUUCGUGCGAGCACACCGGUGGUGCAGUGAGCGAAACACCCUUGUGUUGUUUGUGUCCCGUCGCCGGCGGUGCGCUCAAACCGACGACGAUUCCUUCGCUCUGGGCGCACAGCGCGUGCUGCCAAUGGAUACCCGAGACCACCGUGCUUGAUAUCGAGCGCAUGGAGCCCAUCGAUAACAUCGCAAACAUUCAAAAAGAACGCUGGUCGCUCUUGUGCACGGUCUGUAAGCAACGCAUGGGCGCGAAAAUCCAAUGCUGUCAUCCGGGUUGCUACAUCGCGUAUCAUCCGUUGUGCGCGCGCGCGACUGGUUUGUACAUGGAUGCCAACGACGAUGGCGACGAUGAUGAAUCGCCAUUACAGUUACUGUCGUACUGUCAUAGACACUGUCGUGUCGACGUCGAGCGCGCACAAAUUUACGCCGGCACAGAGGGCUUGAAGAUCGGCCAGGAGGGACGGCUGUUGGAGUGUGGUGCCAAUAAGGAACGAAAACGUACCAAGGCGGAGAUGCGCGCGGAAACAGAAGAGCGCGAGAGACGAGAAGCAUCCGCGACGCUCGCUGAUGAGCCAGAGUUGAGCUCAGACUCUGAGACAGACUUCAUGAACUGCGCAAAGUUCCGUCGUUACGAGCAACUUGGUCAUCCGAGGACGGAGGCGGACAUCAAGGACGAAAACGAAGAAAAUCCCGACGCUCCCGGGUCAGGAACGAAGAAGUAUCGAGUUCGUAAACGGGUCUUGCACGCGGACGACGAGGACGAGAACGACGACGACGACGACGACGAGGAUGACGACGACGACGACGACAUGACGGAACGUGCUGAUACAGACAUGGUGCAUACAAAAGACGACGUCAUCGCGCAUCAACGCGUCGAUACCAUGGAAACUACUGAAGACUUAUUGCAGGAUGACGACGACGACGACGACGCAGAACUCUCGACAGAUCUCGACGUUGAGUACGACGCCGAUCCAACAGACGACGACGACGACGACAAUGCCGAAGGCGGUAAAACAGACGCCGAGGAUGCCGUGGAGGAUGCCGAUGCCAAAUUAGAUCCCUCAACGACGUUUCCGGAAUCAAAGAGACGUAAAACCGUAUCAGAGCGUUCCGAGAGCUCACCUCAGAGUGCGACGUUGGCGCUGCAAGCAAAGUUGCCGGAAGCAAAGUACCCGGCACUUCCCGGCGGCUUACCCGUACCUGAAGGAAACGUUCCGCGUCCGGAUAUUCCCGAAGUAAACAUUUACUGCAAGACGUUUAGAGGAAUAUUUAGACCAGCAGAUACGUUGAUCAAAUGUCUCUGCGGACGGUGCAGACGUGAGGCCGAAGCCACGAACUCUGACGCGACGACUCUGUGGGAAGCGAACAGAUGGGAGCAGCACGCGGGUAUGAAGCACACCAAGAAAUGGAAAACGUCAAUCAGAGUCGUCGUCGACGAUAACGGUGGCGAGCAAGCUUUCGGUGAUUGGCUUACCGAUCACAAUAUCGUCGUGCUCGCGAAUACUGGAAAAACGGCCAAGGUUGCGUCGAUGUCGGCAAAACCAAAAGCCCAACGGCCCAAAGCUUCGCGUACGCACGCACUCCUCGGUCUCGGUCUGGGAACAUUUGAAGACGACAAGUUGGAAGAUAAGAGCGGCGAAGAGACUCGAGCAAGAGCUCUCGUUGGACGCCGCGUGCAAAUCGACACCGGUACCAUUCUCGCACCGGACUGGAAAGACGGAACGAUGAUUGACGUCACGAUAACGCGCACUGGCAUUCGGUAUAAAGUCAUUUUCGACGAUGGGACAGACUUGAUGAUAUCGUUUACGCGUGAUGCGCAAAAUUUGAAAUUCGUCGAUGGCGAGGCACCGGAUUUGUCGUUUUUGCCUGAAGCCGCAAAAUUAAGCUCUGGCAAAAACACACAACUUGAGACGCAACUGGCGAUCGCCAACGCACAAUUUACAUCAGCAAAACGACCGUCUAAUCCCGCAGACCGCGCCAAGAUCGCGGAACUCGGGCGGCCGAAAAAGCCUCGUGAGAAAGAGGCUUGGGUGCAGUGCGAGAACCCGUCGUGCGGGAAGUGGCGGCGCGUCCCUCAAAGUUUUGCGGAGAAGUUAUCUGCCGAUGAUGCCGACAUGUGGACGUGUCAGAAAAAUCCUGAAGCCGCAUUUUCGGUGUGUUCAGUGCCUCAAGAGUUUGAGGACGACGAGAUCGAUCGACGCAUCGCGCUUGGUGAUAACGCUCCGUACAUGGAGGGUUCAGACGACGAAGAAUCGGAAGACGAAGACGCCGUUCGUACGCACGUUCCCGAUGACUUGCCAGCGAUGGUGAGCGUCGUAUGCAAAGGUGUAUCUGGGACAUAUCACGUACAAACGCGACGAAUCGAAUGUCUGUGUCGAGCGUGCGUCGAUAGCGACCAAGGGCCGGUGUACCACGAGAGGUCGCGGUUUGAAGCCCACAUUGGAGUGAAAGGACCGAAGAAGUGGAGCCAUCACAUCAGAGUCGUCCUCAAUAACCGAACGGUAAUGUCGCUUGGAAAAUGGCUCGAGGUGUGGGGAUGCGAAAUCCGGCGCGAAAAAACCGUUGACCUGUCCGCCAAAUCGCUCGGACACCAGAGAAAUCUCAGCCGCAAGCAGCUCGAAGAAAUUCAAGCCAACGUGUACAAGCGUCUUGGAUUGAAUAAAAACGACAAAAACGCCAAGGUUACGGGACCACCGCCGAAGACAGGAAAACGUCUGUACGUCGGACUUACGCCGUACAUCGUGCGCGGGUCGCGAGGCGCCUUCAAGCGCGAGUUGAUUGCUUCAAAAAAGUACACGCCCGAAGAGUUUGCGGCGGUACAAGCGGAGCGCAAGGCUAGGGGCGUGAACGGCGCUUCGGAUGAUAAAGUCGUCGAACAGCAUGGGCUCACGAUGCGAGAGAAGCUCGAACAAAUGACGGCGUCGUACUCCGAUAGACUCACGUUCGCCAAAUCCAACAUACACGGAUGGGGACUGGUGGCCAAGGUUUUCCACAAGGCGGGUUCCAUCGUCACGCAGUUCAAAGGCGAGACGUGUCGAAGCACCGUCGCGGAUCUUCGCGAAACCUUUUACGAAGAUAACGGAGUGGAUUGCUACCUCUUAAAACAAGACGACGACACCGUCGUCGAUUGCACGUUUCAAGGAAACUUUGCGCGAUUCACCAAUCACAGCUGCAACCCGAACAUGUACUCAAAAAUCGUCAAAGUAGACGACGCGAAUCACAUCAUCUUUUUCGCUCGAACCGACGUUCGGCCCGGGGAAGAGCUGACGUACAACUACAGAUUCGAAAGCGAAGACGGCAAAGUGCCGUGCUAUUGCGGCGCCGACAACUGUCGCGGUUACUUGUGCUGA